CGUCCAUACCUUUUUACUCUGAUACAUCACAAAGGUACUCGUUACCUCAGAGGUACAUAUUGUACUUGUUACUGUACUACUGCUAAUAUAAAACUGACUUAUUGAAGGGACUGUUGUGUUCAAGCUCCUGCAAAUUCACAUUUAUUUAGCCUGAUAUUAAUUGCUUAGACUUGUUAAAUAUUCCCACUCUGUACUGAUAUUACUGUUACACUACACUUAUUUAGCUUCAUAUUUAUUGCUUAUACUGUUAAUGUUUCCACUCUGUUUCUGAUAUAAGACAUUUUCCUCGCUUCUUAUUCAUUUCUGAGACUGUUAAAUAAGUGACACACAGUUGUCUCCAGGAGAAAUGCUGAGGCCGUUGGUGAAGCAGCACGUGGACGAGGUCGUCGACGAGGCGUUUGGGCUGUUGGACACGUUGACAGCAGCGUAUGAGGACAUCGUUUCUCGUUUAGGAGAACAUGAGCUACACACAUCAGACGUCCAGCGGCUGUUGGUGAUGAAACAAGAGGUUCCCCCUGAACAGCAGGACUGGAGCUCCAGUCUGGACCAGGAAGACCCAGAGCCUCCACACAUUAAAGAGGAGCAGGAGGACCAGGAGAACCCAGAGCCUCCACACAUUAAAGAGGAGCAGGAGGACCAGGAGAACCCAGAGCCUCCACACAUUAAAGAGGAGCAGGAGGACCCAGAGCCUCCACACAUUAAAGAGGAGCAGGAGAACCCAGAGCCUCCAAACAUUAAAGAGGAGCAGGAGGACCCAGAGCCUCCACACAUUAAAGAGGAGCAGGAUGAACUCAGGAUCAGUCAGGAGGGAGAGCAGCUUCAAAAGCUGGAGGAGGCUGGAAUCAAGUUCUCAUUCACCCCUGUAAAGAGUCAAUAUGAUGAUGAGGAAGCUCAGCUCUCAAAGUCCAUAAAAACUGACAAAAGAGAGGCAGAACAUUUGAAAGCAGACGGAGAGGAAGUCAGAUCCACAUCAGAUCCAGAUAGUCCUUUACAACCAACUGCUGAUGAGACGUCACAAUCCUCUGAAUGUGAGACUGAUAACAGUGACGAUUGGAAGGAGACUCAGGAACCUCAGUCACGUUUAAAGCCUUUGGAAAACAAUGAAGUCCCUGUAGGUGACAUGGACUGUGGGACUGGAAACGCAUCAAUUAGCUCUUCUCAAUAUGCUGGAAGCUUUGGCCAAAAGAGACAUCCGAAGAGACACUCUGGAGCCACAACAGGAGUGACCAGUUCUUCAGUUUGUGGUAAAACAUUCAGACAAGUGCAACCUCUGAAACAACACUCAACUGUUCAUACAGGAGGAGAGAAACUAUUCAGUUGUUCAGUUUGUGGUAAAACAUUCAGCCGAGCAGGCAAUCUAAAACGACACUCAACUGUUCAUACAGGAGAGAAACUAUUCAGUUGUUCAGUUUGUGGUAAAACAUUCAGACAAGCAGGCUAUCUAAAACGACACUCAACUGUUCAUACAGGAGAGAAAUUAUUCAGUUGUUCAGUUUGUGGUAAAACAUUCAGUCAAGCAGGCGAUCUAAAACGACACUCAACUGUUCAUACUGGAGAGAAACUAUUCAGUUGUUCAGUUUGUGGUAAAACAUUCAGUCAAGCAGGCGAUCUAAAACGACACUCAACUGUUCAUACUGGAGAGAAACUAUUCAGUUGUUCAGUUUGUGGUAAAACAUUCAGUCAAGCAGGCAGUCUAAAACGACACUCAGCUGUUCAUACUGGAAAAACAAAGUAGCGUUCAGUUUUCUAUAAAAGAUUCCCUCUUCUCCGUGAUUUAAAAAGAAAUCACAAUUGCAUUGUUGAGGUCAUCAGAAAUAAAUGAGACAUUGUUGUUGUUAGCAGAGUUGAUGUUCAUGAUAAGGUUGAAGAAGUGUUCUUGCUUGUGUUGCUGCAAGUCUUAAACCUAUAUGAUAUAUAUUUAUAUGUAUAUACGUAAAUCUAUAUUUUUUUAUAUAUAAAUAUGUAUUUCUAUAUAUAUAUUUAAAUAUAAAUAGAGAUUUAUUUAAAAACAAAUUCCUUUAUAUAUAUAGUGUAUGUAUUUUGUUUAGAUUAUUUCUUUACGUUUCUUAAUUUAAUUUUUUGGGCUUUUAUGUCUGUUAAUUGUUGCUAGUUAUUAUUGACAACGUGAAACUGUUUAAAGACAAAAUACUUGCAACGUCGAUAUCGCUGCUUCCACAACUUCCGGCUAUGGCUCCGGUCAGCUGACCCUGAACUGGCCAAUCAGAAGUGCCUCUCUGUGGUAAAUCCCGGGUUGUUUUGAUAGGGACGCACAGUGCUGAGCGGUUCACACCAGAGAGACCGCGGGGAGACAUGAUGGUGGAGACCUCCGUAAGAGGUGGUAUUGUAAAAGUAUUACUCCUUCAUGAUUUAACUAUAAUAUUCUGAUGUACCUGGCUUAAUGUUUUUAUUGUUUUGACUCGUCUUUAUCUAUUUUUUUAUUGUGUCUUUAUGUAAAGCCUCAAUGUACUUUAUUUACAUGCUUAAAGUUAAGUUUAUGUUAAUAAACACAUUAUUCACCCCUCCCAAAUAAUAGAGUUGGUUCGGUCCUUAGCCGUCUUUUCCAAAAAGUUCUCUCAGCUCCUGAUAGCUGGGCCGGCCGACCGCAACGAUACGCGUCAGGGAGGAUGGACGGGAGGGGCUGGAAAAGCCAGGUUGAAAAAAAGAAAGGCAUUGGAGGAGGAUGCUGCCAAAUGUGCCAAGCUUACAGAUUUAUUUACAAGAGGACAAACACAAGUGGCAACUGGUAAAGAGAGACAAAAGCCUAAUGAUUAGCAACAUAACUAUUCGGCUAACUUUGUAGCCUUGAUUAAUAUAAUUGCAGCGUUGUCAACCUAUUCCAAAGCAAAAUAUUAAAUUGAAUUAAAAUAUUAGCCUUUUUAUAUCACCUAAAAUAUGGUGAUCCAUAGACUGCAAAUAUUAUGCAAAUAUUGAUAUAUACUAUUAAUAUUGAUAUUGAAGUAUGCAGUAAUAUGACUUCAUUUUUCUUUGUAGCUUCGGAGCAGCAGAUAAGAGUCCUGCUGAAAAUGAUGAGCCCGACAUUUGCAAUGAGGAAGCCAUACAGGGACAGGUAGAGAGGAUAACAGAGGAAACUAUAUGAUUUAAAGUUAUAUUUUCUUAGAAAGAGCAGUAUAUGACAGUACUUGAUGAACCAAUAUGCAUUGUUUGCUCAGAAGUGUGUGUAGUAAAGGAGUAAAUCACCACUAUAUAAUACUCAUGCAGAAAAAUGAUAAUGACCAUGACAAUGACCAUGACAAUGAUAAUGACCAUGACAAUGACAAUGAUAAUGACCAUGACCAUGACCAUGACAAUGACCAUGACCAUGACGGCCCCCAUGAGGUCUCACUCCAACAAAUCUGGCCUACUGCCUCAUCUGAGUCUGACACCCCUGCUAUGCCCUUCUGCCUUUUUUAAUGUUAUGCAUAUUUUUUGUUAACUUCUCAUCUUAAGUGGAUUAUUAUUGUUGUAUUUAACCUUUACAUUAUUUGUUGGACCAUGGUAUUAAUAAAAGAACUACAGGAUAGUAAGAGCUGAACUGUUGCUU